GUCGAGUACUUAAGCAGCACCUGAUGUCGCGUCCUGUUCGUGUCACUAGUGGCACGCGUCUCGCGCACCUUUCACGUACGCCACUCGUGUGUGCUUCAUCUUGAGCGCGUGUAGCUGGAUAUCGAUUCAAUUUAACGCACCAUGUCUCUCUUCGCCCACGUUGACGCCUCAACAGAAGGACCCACACUCUCAGAAAAUGCUUGUUCAGUAGAUUCCAAUUCCUCUGAACUCAUUGCAGAUCGCUAUCCGAAGAGAAAGCGUGCACAGCUCAAAUACAUCCCAGCUGACUCGGAGGAUGACUGGUCCUCAAUCGAAGAAGAGGAGGAAUACGACGUGCAAGUGAAAAAGAAAGCCAGGCCAUCUCCAAAAAACCUGCCAAGGCGCAAGGUCUUUCCGUUCAUGAGACUGCCAGCGGAGCUGAGAAACAAGAUCUAUGAAUACGCUCUUUCGGAUAAAGAUCCCAUCUAUGUUUCGAGCAGAACCAAGGGCUAUAGGCGCUGGGCGCAGCGCUGUACAGAAACGGAAAUUUCCCCACAAUUCGUGAGCCGAUGGACUCGCUAUCGCCAUCGACAAGAUGGCGAAAACAAAAACGAAGACCCCAGCGAUCGAAGAGCGCUUGUGCCGAACCUUCUCGCCGUGUCCAAAACCAUCCAUGACGAAGCUGGCUCAUUUCUGUACGGCCAGCGCAUAGUCAUUGCCGACAACUACGCACUAAUGGCAUUCCUCUUACAAAUCGGUCCAACUCAUGUCCGAAUGCUUCGGGACCUAACCAUCAUCGAAUGGUGUGGAGGUCGUGCCCACAAAUCCAUCAAUUUUCCCGCCAUCGCAAUGCUGGCGCCAGCCACCGACCUCAGACGCCUAAACAUCUCCUGCUCCGUAGGUUAUUUCUCCUCGUAUAGCUGGGGAACUGGAAAGAAACAAGAAAUCGCACACCGCGUGGCGCGGAAAAUCUUUAGAGACUGCUAUCCUUUCUUGCAAGCAUAUGGAACAGCCAAGAGAGACAUGACUGCCGCCGUUAACGUCAUUGAGAUCGACGAGAACAACUUCCGAUACGCGUCCGCAGAUAAAGAGAAGGAGAUGGAAAAGUUUCGGACUGAGCUCGGAAGGUUACUUCGAACAUGAACGCUGUUCUCCUCAUCAGGAGUUGCACAAUAUCUCUUGUUGCACAUCUGUCUUGAGCGAUUGGUGUAAAUGGAUUGCUCCAAGAGAAUGUUUGUCUCGUAAUAAUUUUGAAUAUGACCAUGAGUUUAGC